AUGAAUCUUCUAGAAGAUAAUGGAGACAUUGUGCGUCGAAGCAAUGUGAAUGGAGAAAAUAUUAAUGUUGUUGAGAACUCACAGUUCCCGUCGAAAGGUCCACAAGGUGUGACACCGGAAAGCAAUGCAGAUGAGAUUCUGAUUGCAGAGGUGUUCUUAAGGGAGCCAUUAUGGAAUCAGAAUAUUGCGAUCGCACGGCGAGGCAGAAGAACGAUGGAUAAGCUAUGGCAAGAAGUUAGCGAAGCAACAAAAGGAGUAUACUCUAGUGAAGAGUGUAAAAGAAAAUGGAAAAAUCUCCGUGAUCGAUUUAUGAGGAUUGUUUCUGCGGAGAAGCUGCCAAGUGGAGCGGCAAGUCAGUCAAAGAAGAAUAAAUGGCGAUUCUAUGAAUCACUAAACUUUUUGCGUGACACGUUAUUAAGAAGAGAAACUGUAUCGAACAUACCAGUCUGUAAUAAUAUGAAUGUUGAAGAUGAAGAAGAAGAAUCUGCACAAGAUGAUACCCCUAAGAACAGUAAGAAGCAAAGGGUAAACAGAAACUCAAAUCAAGAUAGUGUUAUCUUGGAACAAAUAAGUGAGGCCUUACACGAACCGCCUCCGACAAUUUCUUUGCCGUCAAUUCCAGUAGCGGAUGAAGAAGAGCAUUUCGGAAUGAUGAUUUCCUCGCAGCUUCGUAAAUUUUCAAGAUCCCGCAGGAGGCAACUAAUGUUUAAAAUACAUAAAAUGCUAUAUAAAGAACUAAAUAAGGAUGAGCAAUAA